CUGUAAGGAGUUUCGCUUGUGAGAGACAGGAAAAUAAGCGAUAUGCAAAUAAAUUAAAAAACACUUACAACCUUAAUUUAAGAGAGGCAGUUGUCUAUGCAGGCUAUAAGUUUAUGAAUGGGAUUUUUGAUUUGUCUGUUACAGUUGUCACAUUGUUUGUAGGUGGCCAUCUUGUAUUAGAUGGAUACCUGAAGGCUGGUCAUCUCGUCUCAUUUAUCCUCUACCAGAUAGAGUUGGAAAUCGCAUUGGAGGAUAUCUCAGAUGUUUACACUGGCCUUAUGCAGGCUGCAGGAGCGGCUGAGAAGGUGUUUGAGAUGCUGGACAGAGAGCCUGACAGGGAUAUAUACGAGAAUUUCUUCACGUCAGACCAACUUCAAGGGCAUCUGGAAUUCCAAAACGUUUCAUUUGCAUAUCCGUCAAGGAAGGAUGCCAAUAUAUUAGAG